AUGGCACAUGGUCCAGUUGGGGGCUACCAUCUUUGGACUCUCCCUAGUUCAGAUGAUGUUCUGCGUCGCGGGCGGGUGACCCAGCGGGUCCCUACUCCCAUGUUGGCGAGCAUGCCAAGCGGCCUCAUCGCGAAGAUCAAGCUCGGGGGUUAUCAAGUUUGGCAAAAAGGAAAAAGCUCAGUUGUCAAGCCGCCAAUUCGAGGAGCCGAGGAGAGGAUAAGCAAAAGCUCCAAUGGAAGCGCAGCUCCUCCUGCGAUCCCUCGCCCUCCCGGCCGCCUCCCCGAGUCGCGCCGCCGCCCCUCGUCCCCGCGCAGCCGCAGCAGAGCCGCUCUCGGGACGGCCCUCCACGGACGCCGCCCGCACGUCCGGCGGGCGCCUCGACCCUCGGUCGCGAGAUGCAGCGCCUCCGAGGACGAGCAGGGCGGCGACCUGAAGGGCGCGCUGUCGGGGAUGGUGGACGCGCGGGUGGAGGAGCUCCUGAGCAGGGAGGAGAACAAGGGCUUGCUCGACGGGCUGGAGAGAGCGUCGCGGAGGGUGGACAAGGCCAGGAGGGAGCUCGCGGAGAUCGAGAGGCAAGAGGCCGAGGCUCGGGCGAUGAGGAAUUACGUCGAGCAGCUCGAGAGCAGAGCUUCUGAGAUUGCAGAAUCCCAGAGGGAGCUGUCGGAAGCAAGGGCCUUGGUCGAAGAAGCUGAGCGCUCGCUCUCCCAAACUGCAAAAGCUCGGGAUGAAGAACAAGAUGGUACACAAAUUAAUCGAGAAGAAGAGAGAUUGGAGUCUGUUAAAGUAGCUUCUGUAUCGGCACUGGUAGGUACCCUCGCGGGUUUACCGCUUUCGCUCACUCAGGUCACUGCAGUGUCCCAGCUGAUACUCCCCUUGGGGAUCAACUUCAUCAGCUGUGCGCUAUUUGGAAUCACCUUCCGCUACGCAGUCAGAAGAGACUUGGACAACAUUCAGCUCAAGACAGGAACAUCCGCGGCUUUUGGGUUCGUCAGAGGUCUUGCUUACCUGGGUGCAGGCCCGCCUCUGGAACUGAAUUUGGAAAGUUUCCUGUCGCAUGCCUUUUCUGGGGCGGUGUACAUAGCCGAAGGCCUGCUCAUAUUUGUUUUCGCAGCAGUAAGCCUAGAUUUCUGCUUCAAGAUGCGGGUUUUGAGUCCUUUUCCUAUAGAAAGCCCAGAACCAAGAACAGGUUCAGAUUAGAACCGGUGUACAUAUGUUUUAUAAGCUGAUCAUACAACAUUAUUCAAUGUCCAAUUGCUACGAUUCCUCGCUGCCAUCACCCGGUUCGGUUUGGGGAGUGUAGUCUCAAAAACUGGUCAAGCUGAUCAAAGCGAAAAGGAGCAACUUUGCAUUAGAACCCAGAUGCGGGUUCUGAUUCCUUUUCCCGUAGAAAGCCCAGAAUCAAGAACAGGUUCAGGUUA